AUGGGUCAACAAGAGAACUUCAAACGGCAGUUGAACCAGCCGGCAGAGUUACCGGCGGCGAAGAAGAGGAUAGUGCUCGGCGAUCUCACCAAUAAUAGCACAACGAAGGAGAAGACGGAGAUGAUGCAGAAGUGCAAUGAGGCCUCUUCCUCUUCUUCCAUCUACAAGCAUCUUCGCGCCUUGGAGAUGGAGGUGAAUAGAAGGCCAGUGGCGAAUUAUACGGAGACAGUUCAGAGAGAUGUUUCAGAGAAGAUGAGAGGGAUUCUGGUGGAUUGGUUAAUGGAGGUUGCUCAGGAAUACAACCUCACUUCUGAUACCAUUUAUCUUGCUGUAUCUUGCAUCGAUCGCUUCCUAUCUACUCGUCCUAUCAACACUAACCACCUUCAACUUCUCGGGGUUUCUUCCUUGCUUAUUGCCUCCAAAUAUGAAGAGAUCAGUCCUCCACAUGCCGAGGACUUUUGCUAUAUGACAGAUAACACUUACACCCUCGCAGAGGUUACGCGCAUGGAGAGGGAGCUCCUCACCUCCUUGAACUUCGACUUGGGCCAUCCCACCGCUAAAACUUUUCUCAGAAUUUGUAUCAAAGCUGCUCAGAAAAAUUUUGUGCAUUCCAAGCAGCAACUGGAAUUCUUGGCUUCUUAUCUUUUGGAGUUAUGCCUACUAGACUAUAAGUGCCUUAAGUUCUUACCGUCCGUGGCUGCAGCGUCCGCAUUAUUUCUAUCCAGGUUUAUAAUCCAACCAACCAAACAUCCUUGGAAUAUAUCGCUAAUGUUUGAACAUGGAUCUGAUUCGAAGUGGAUGGCCUUUCCACGACAGUUUGACUGUGUAGCAUCUUUGACUGCUGGGGAAAUUCCUGCAAGUUAUUUUGAGUUCGCUGAUGAAUAUGCAUCAGAAGAAUUUCAUAUUCGUAAGUUGGAUACAACGUUGAACAUUGUCCGCACCUCCCACUGA